GAGUGGGGAGGGUUACUGGGCGUCUCCAGACGGAAGUGGAGCUGUCGGGGAAGGCGGCGGCGGCGAGCGGGAGAAGGAGCCGCGCCCUGAGCCACUGCGCGAGGUGCUGAAAGAUGACAGAGCUGCAGAGUCUAGUUGAACGACUGGAGAAAGCUGUGGGGCGACUGGAGAUGGUGUCUCGUGGUCCUGGCGUGCACGGUAACCAUGGGGAUGGCACCCCAAAAGGCUGAGAUGGUCCAUGCUGGAUUAAUGACUGAGAGAACUCUUCUGAUGACAGCAUCACAGUGCCAGCAGCCCAUAGCAAGUAACUUCUCCGUCGUGUUGAAGCCAAUAUCGGAUCAGAUCCAAGUGGUCCAGAACUUCAGGGAGAAGAACCGUGGCAGCAAAUUCUUCAACCACCUCUCGACAGUUAGCGAAAGCAUCCCUGCACUAGGCUGGGUCGCCAUGGCCCCCAAGCCAGGCCCUUAUGUGAAGGAAAUGACAGAUGCUGCCAUGUUUUACAGCAAUCGAGUCCUUAAAGAAUAUAAAGAUGUUGAUAAGAAGCACGUGGACUGGGUGAAGACUUAUCUCAGUAUCUGGACUGAGCUGCAGGCGUACAUCAAGCAGUACCAUACCACUGGGCUCACCUGGAGCAAAACGGGACCUCAACCGACGGAUGCAGCAAAUGGAUCUAGGGCUCCUGCUUGUGGUGGCCCACCACCCCCUCCCCCUGGCCCGCCUCCCCCUCCAGCACCUGCCUCCCCAAGUUCUGGUUCAGAUUCCUCUAUCUCCCGCUCAGCGCUUUUUGCUGAGCUCAACCAGGGAGAAGCCAUCACUUCUGGCUUGAAACACGUGUCCGAUGAGAUGAAGACCCACAAAAACCCGUUGCUGAAAAGCCAAGGGGGUCCUGUACGAACGGGACCCAAACCGUUCACAGUUGCCAAGCCUGCCUGCACAGUCAACGUUUCCUCCAAAUUGCCUGCAAAGAAGGAGCCUCCCAUGCUGGAGUUAGAAGGCAAGAAAUGGAGAGUGGAGAACCAAGAGAAUGCCUCCAACUUGGUGAUCAGUGACACAGAGUUGAAGCAGGUGGUCUAUGCCUACAAAUGUGUGAACAGUACACUCCGUAUCCAAGGCAAGAUCAACUCCAUCACGCUGGAUAACUGUAAGAAGCUUGGGCUGGUAUUUGAUGAUGUGGUGGGCAUUGUUGAGAUAAUCAACAGCCGUGAUGUUCAAAUUCAGGUAAUGGGUAAAGUGCCAACCAUUUCCAUCAACAAGACAGACGGUUGUCAAGUCUACUUGAGCAAGAGCUCUCUAGAUUGCGAGAUUGUUAGUGCCAAGUCCUCGGAGAUGAACGUUCUUGUUCCGACAGAGAGCGGUGACUUUAACGAAUUUCCUGUCCCCGAACAAUUCAAGACACAGUGGAAUGGGCGGAAGCUGGUCACCACGGUGACGGAAAUCGCCGGAUAAGACGGCCUGGUGCUUCACGACCUCCCCUUCCUCUACCAUCACUGUGGGACAAAAAAAAAUGCUUUCUGGGGUCUGGCUUUGAGAUUCCUUGUCCCAUAUUUUUUUCCCCCCAACUCUUAAGUCUGCUUCUGUCUUCUGAAAAUCCUGCUACCCCUCCCCUCACUGAAAAUACCUCAGGCUGGGAUUCGGGGUAGGGUGGGCAGGUUCAUUCCAUCCUCUCCCUUGACUGGCAGGAAGGUGCGGCAUUCACUCCCCCCUCCCCUCCCUUGGUCAAGCAACACCCGUCUUGCCCAAUCGAUGUAAGUGUCAAAGCAGGCAGGCACCAAGGAGUGCCUCUUAAAUGAGGAACGUUGGGAGAAGGGGGUAAAGUUUCUAUCAGGAUAUGGUACCUCCCCCCUCCCUUUGUAGUAUGAAGUAUGCUUGACAGGCAUAAAUUGAGGAAAAUCCAAGGGAAUUAUUUCUGUUCAACUAAUCUCACCAAGAGACGCUGAGAAUAGCUUUGCUGGACCAAAGGCUGAAAAUGGGAUGUGUAACAUUCCUCCUCCCUCCUGUUUCCCCCUUCCUGUGUUGUCCGUGUAAAUUCUGUGUUGUGCCAUGAUGUAGGGGAAGGGGGGAAAUUGCCUCGGGAUACAGGUGCCAUGAGAUUGGAACAAAUUCUCCUUCCUGGGCACCUGUCCAGCAGUUCAAAAGCUGCCCCCCUCCACCCCUUCCAUUCAAGCCCUCCUACAAAGGGAAAAUUGUACCCAAGAGGCCUCUUUUGAACAAAUGAACACUGUUCAGUCUUCCAGGACAGUUUUCCCCAGAAUCUGUAUUGGCUUGUGUUACCCACCCCCCAGGCAGAAUUAAUUCUCCAUUCCAAGAGAAGUAUUUAAUUGUUUGUAAGCACAAUUCCAUGGUGGUUUGGUUCUAUUGCUCGCUGGCAUUGAUUAUAUCCCCAUAGCAUUUGGGCAACCCCCCCUCUUUAGCUAGCUCUCCCUCUCUCCCUACUGCUCGGCAGAAAGUUUCGUGUCACACAGCACUCUGGUGAUCGUGCCCAAGUUGAAGGCAUGGUACUGUAAUGACCCACCACAGGGAGCUGCCUGUCUAACUGUAGUAAUGCAGAUAGUCCCUUUCCCCCCGCCCCUCUUUUUUUGCCACGUUUUGAGUUUUCCACUUGAAAAUUUAAUGGAAGAUAUGCAACUCUUUAUUUUGAAACUGUCCUGUGACUCUCACUUCUCUCCUGAGGCUUGUGGAAUAUAAAAUAAAUCUUUCUUAUGUACUUAAAAUUAUACUGAAGAUAGAAUAAAGUUAAUGCCAAGUU